AGCACUCACCGAGCGAACAAGGCUCAAGUAACAAAAGAAGGGUUCCCAGCUGACCCUGGGCCUUGAUGCGAUGACACAGGGUCGAGAUCACUGUCAAGCGAUUACCCGGUUGUAAAAUCUCCAUCUCUGUCUGUGUAUUCACCGGAAUGACGCCCAUGCAUUGAUACAUUUUCUGCCCCAUCAUGAUCUCGGCUUACUAUUUCUUACAGGAUAUAGGUUCACGGAUACCAACACACUCUGUCGCUGGCUAUGACGAUGUGCUGUCCUCACCCACACUACAACAUCAGCUACCACCACCCAGAUGAGUGAGUUUCUCAUAGACACCAUCACCGGUCUGUAUAGUGCUCCACGGUCUCGGCGAGUCGAUGCGCUCCUGCUUCUGGGGGACAAUGUCAUGUCUUCUUUGCGGACAACUCAGCUGCAAAGUCCUCUCUUUGUCCACUCUUUCGAACUCGAUGUCCUCAAGUCCGUACACCCUCCGCUAUGUCGUGUUUGCAGGUGGGGAAGCAGUCGAAUCUGAAACAUCAGUUUUCCUACCGGGGUGUUACAAAUGACCCUUGAACCACGAGAAGGAGGCGCUAGCUUUAUAUCUUGUGCUCCGUGUUCGUCGUCGUCCGUGCUAUCACGAAGAUUGGAUGCCCUUGAGCAGCCAAAGUCGAUUCGACAGCUCU